GUCUCUCAAUCGUCAAAUUCCUCAAAACUUUAUUAAAUAGAAAUCGAGAAUAAAAACGAAGCUUAAAUAAAACGAGAGAGAGAGUGUAAUCGAAGCGAAGAGGGUAGAGCAACGAGACAUCAGAUCCCGCGCUCUCGAACUCAGAUCUGAUUCCAGAUCCCCCAAAGAUUUAGGGUUUGAUAGAAGGAGGGGGAGGAGAUGCUGACGAAAUUCGAGACGAAGAGCAACCGAGUGAAAGGGCUGAGCUUUCACAGUAAGCGGCCAUGGAUCCUCGCAAGUCUCCACAGUGGCGUGAUCCAGCUGUGGGAUUAUCGCAUGGGAACUCUGAUCGAUCGGUUCGAUGAGCACGAUGGCCCCGUUCGCGGCGUCCAUUUUCAUAAAUCUCAACCUCUCUUCGUCUCUGGAGGUGAUGACUACAAGAUUAAGGUGUGGAAUUACAAAACACAUAGGUGCCUAUUUACCCUUCUCGGGCACCUUGAUUAUAUCCGUACAGUCCAGUUCCAUGAUGAGUACCCUUGGAUUGUUAGUGCUAGUGAUGACCAGACAAUAAGAAUUUGGAACUGGCAAUCUCGCACUUGUAUUUCAGUGCUGACAGGGCAUAAUCAUUACGUCAUGUGUGCAUCUUUCCACCCUAAGGAGGACCUUGUUGUUUCAGCUUCACUGGAUCAGACUGUUCGUGUUUGGGAUAUUGGGGCAUUGAGAAAGAAAACCGUCUCUCCUGCAGAUGAUAUCUUGCGUCUGAGCCAGAUGAAUACAGACUUAUUUGGUGGAGUUGAUGCUGUUGUGAAGUAUGUCCUUGAAGGUCAUGACCGAGGAGUUAACUGGGCAUCUUUCCAUCCCAGUCUUCCUCUUAUUGUUUCUGGGGCAGAUGAUCGACAAGUGAAGCUAUGGCGGAUGAAUGAUACAAAGGCUUGGGAAGUGGAUACAUUGAGAGGUCAUAUGAAUAAUGUUUCUUGUGUGAUGUUUCAUGCGAAGCAGGACAUUAUUGUGUCCAACUCUGAAGACAAAAGCAUUCGAAUAUGGGAUGCCACGAAGCGCACUGGAAUUCAGACUUUCCGUCGUGAACAUGACCGUUUCUGGAUCCUUGCAGCCCAUCCAGAAAUGAAUCUUCUUGCAGCUGGUCAUGAUAGUGGUAUGAUUGUUUUCAAACUAGAGAGAGAACGUCCUGCUUUCUCUGUAAGUGGCGAUGUUCUUUAUUAUGUCAAAGAUCGGUUCUUGCGGUUCUUCGAGUUUUCAUCUCAAAAGGAUAAUCAAGUGGUUCCAAUAAGAAGACCUGGUUCUGUAAGCUUGAAUCAGUCACCCAGGACACUAUCCUAUAGUCCCACAGAGAAUGCUGUAUUGAUUUGCUCUGAUGCUGAGGGUGGAUCAUAUGAACUCCAUGUGAUUCCCAGGGAUACAAGUGGAAGAGGUGAUUUCCUGCAGGAUGCAAAGAAAGGAUCAGGGGCUUCAGCUGUUUUUGUAGCUCGUAACAGGUUUGCAGUGCUUGACAGGAGCAGUAAUCAAGUACUGGUAAAGAAUCUCAAAAAUGAGAUUGUGAAGAAGAGUGCUCUCCCUAUUGCUACUGAUGCCAUAUUCUAUGCUGGGACUGGAAACUUAUUGUGCCGGGCUGAGGACAGGGUGGUCAUCUUUGAUCUGCAGCAGAGGAUUGUUCUUGGAGAGCUUCAGACUCCUUCUGUGAAGUAUGUAGUCUGGUCUGGUGACAUGGAGAGUGUUGCUUUACUCAGCAAGCAUGCUAUAGUUAUAGCUAACAAGAAACUCGUACAUCGAUGCACACUUCAUGAGACCAUUCGUGUGAAAAGUGGUGCAUGGGAUGAAAAUGGUGUCUUCAUCUAUACAACUUUGAACCACAUCAAGUAUUGCCUCCCCAAUGGUGACAGUGGAAUUAUUAGAACCCUUGAUGUCCCAAUAUAUCUCACCAAGGUCUCUGGGGGUACUCUCUUUUGCUUGGAUCGUGAUGGGAAGAAUCGCAUAAUAUCUAUUGAUGCUACCGAGUAUAUAUUCAAGCUUGCCCUGCUAAGGAAGAGAUAUGACCAUGUAAUGAGUAUGAUUAGGAAUUCACAGCUUUGUGGACAGGCAGUGAUUGCUUAUCUCCAACAAAAAGGCUUCCCUGAAGUUGCAUUGCAUUUUGUCAAAGAUGAGAGAACCCGAUUCAACCUAGCUCUUGAGAGUGGUAAUAUCCAGAUUGCUGUAGCUUCUGCAAAGGAAAUUGAUGAGAAGGACCACUGGUACAGGUUAGGCAUUGAGGCUCUUCGACAAGGAAAUACUAGUAUUGUGGAGUAUGCCUACCAGAGAACCAAGAACUUUGAGAGGUUGUCUUUCCUAUAUCUUGUAACGGGGAACAAGGAUAAGCUAUCCAAAAUGCUGAGGAUCGCCGAGAUGAAGAAUGACAUUAUGGGUCAGUUCCACAAUGCCAUGUAUCUUGGUGAUGUCGAAGAACGUGUCAAGAUUUUGGAGAACGCUGGUCAUUUGCCUCUAGCCUAUGUUACUGCUUCCACUCACGGGUUGACAGAAACUGCUGAUAGGCUGGCUGCUGAGUUGGAGCAAAAAGGUAUAGUUCCCUCCAUUCCCGAAGGGAAAACACGCUCUCUUCUGAUGCCUCCUGCACCCCUAAUGUGCAGUGGGGAUUGGCCGUUGUUGAGAGUCAUGAGAGGGGUUUUUGAAGGAGGAUUGGAUACUGUAGGAAGGGGGGCAGGUCAUGAUGAGGAUGAAGAAGAAGCUGUCGCUGAUUGGGGUGAUGAAGACUUGGAUAUUGUCGAUGUCGAUGUCGAUGGUGUUAAACGAGAUGGAGAUGUGAUCUCAGAAGUCGAGGACAUCGAAGCACAUGGAGAGAAUGAUGAAGGAGGAUGGGAUCUCGAAGAUUUAGAGCUUCCACCUGAUGUAGAUAUUCCACAGUCUGCCAAUAUUUCUCGUACUUCUGUAUUUGUUGCUCCUACACCUGGAAUGCCUGUUGGCCAAAUUUGGAUACAGAAGUCCUCUUUUGCUGCAGAGCAUGUGGCUGCUGGAAACUUCGAUACUGCAAUGCGACUUCUUAACCGGCAAUUAGGCAUCAAAAAUUUCGACCCCUUGAAAUCUUUGUUUAAAGACAUACACAUGGGGAGUCACACUUAUCUUGAUGCUUUUCCUUCAGCCCCAAAGAUAUCCAUUGCUGUUGAAAAAGGAUGGAGUGAGUCUGCAAGUCCCAAUGUGAGGGGACCACCUGCGCUCGUGUUCAAAUUCUCGCAAAUGGAUGAUAUGCUUAAGGCAGCUUAUCGAGCCACAACAGAGGGAAAAUUUCCUGAGGCCUUGCGGCUGUUCCUUAGCAUUUUACACACCAUCCCUCUUAUCGUGGUAGACUCUAGAAGAGAGGUUGAUGAAGUCAAAGAGCUGAUUGAAAUUGCUAAAGAGUAUGUUUUGGGCUUGAAAAUUGAGGUCAAGAGGAAGGAAAUCAAGGACAAUGUCGUUCGACAACAGGAACUAGCAGCAUACUUCACUAACUGCAAGCUUCAAAAGGUUCACACAAGGCUCGCGCUCAUGAGUGCUAUGACUGUAUGCUAUAGAGGAGGGAGCUACACUACAGCAGCCAAUUUCGCUAGAAUGCUUCUUGAGCACAACCCACCUGAGUCGCAAGCAGAAAAAGUGAGGAAAGUGUUAGCAGCUUGUGGCGAUAAGAGAGACACUAGACAGUUGAACUAUGAUUUCAGGAAUCCCUUUGUUGUUUGUGGAUCAUCUUUUGUUCCUAUUUAUCGAGGGCAGAAGGAUAUCUCAUGCCCUUACUGUGGUGCUCGAUUUGUGCCAGAUAUUGAAGGCCAAAUAUGCACAGUUUGUGAACUUGCAGUGGUAGGAGCUGAUGCUUCUGGUUUGCUGUGCUCUCCUUCACAAAGGAGAUAAGAUGGGAGGUAAUCAUACUGUAAGGGCCCGUUGAUCUAAACUGGGAAGAUGCUGGUUAAUCUGCUGGGGGUGCUUUCUUUGAUUCUGAGUACAUACUGCUCUUAAUUUUAUUGAAUGGUAACACCUGUUACUGGAUCUUGGAUCACAAGGGAGAUCUUUGAAGCUAUGAACAUAAUUUGAAGUUUUUCUCGCCUCCAUAAGUGUCACAUGUCUUCCCUCUAAAUCUCGAAUCUCCCUUGCUUUCUUUCUUAUUUUCUGUCUUUGAAUGAACAGAUUUUAGAGUAUGUACAAGGUUUGCAGAGUUCUGUACUGUAUUUCCUUAUUAUGUGAUUCUGUUGCUGAGUUUUUUCAUUAUCCCUGGAAUGUGACUCAGCAUCGCAUCCGGUCUAAAGAGUUGAUGUUUUUUUUUUAUUAAAAUCCCCUCAUCUUUUAUA